GGGAUGGCAAGUGAUAGGAUACGAAAUGGAUGUACUUUUGGUAUUUUCUUACCUUAAAUUGUAAAAAUAUGAUUGGUUGGGUUUGUGAUAAAAUCUGAAGAAAAUCUAUUGGAUACUAGGAAGCUUUCAUUAUGCAUCUCAGCAUUGAUCUUUACGCAUACAAUAUCGAGCCAGGCCUAUAUCACUGUUGGUGAUAGCCUUGAGAAGCUUUGCUUAAUUGAAACUUGAGAAUAAGAGAGUUUUUAGAUAGAAAAGGUUCCAGUACUCCGACAUUGAACAUUGUCCUCUAUGUUUUAGCCGGAGUUGUUAUAACUGGAAUGAUCGCAUUUGGGAUUAUCAGGAAACAAAUCAGAAAACGAAGAAUGAGAAUACAAGCAGAGAAUAUGGUACAUAACGCCGCACAGCCUGUUAAUAAUCAGCAAAAUGUCCAGCAAAUAUUCCAAGAUCCUAAUGCUCAGCAAAUUUAUCAUAAUCCAAAUGAUCGUAACCAAGCUUAUAUGAUUACUCCAAAUGACUCAGUUACUCCUCCUCCGAUUGUUUUCUACGAGACUAACAUGGUUAGAGAUGUCCAACCCCAAGUGUAUGAGUUAGCCCCUCCAAAUCCUCCAGUACAGCCAAUGACUGAGUCACCAAUGAUGGCUCCUCCAAGCAGUCCUGUUCAAGUUAGAGGGUCUCAUAUAGUUCCUGUUGGCCCUGGUGUUCCUAUCUAAACGAUUUUAUUAUGUGAAAUUCCAGCAUAUUUCUAUA